UAUAAAUAGCACCCAUGAUUUGGCUAAGAUCGAUCGUCCAAAGUAACACACUUAAUUACCCUGUCCAUUGCUUCUCUUCAAUUUACUCCAUAGCAAACUGUAGGACAAAGAUACAAUAAAUGAGAUCAUCAGACGUCGCAAUGCCGGUCACCAUGGCGCCAAUGAGCAUGCCGGCGCUAGCUGUAAUACUGUUUGCUCUACCUGUACUCGUCGCGUUGCUGCGGCGUCGACGUCCCCGGAGUAGGGAUGACGGUGGCCGGCCGGGGCUACCGCCGGGGCCCGUGGGGCUGCCGGUGAUCGGCAACAUGCACCAGAUGCUUGUGAACAAGCCGGUGUUCCGGUGGGUGCACCGGCUGCUCGAGGAGGCCGGCGGGGAGAUCGUGUGCGUGCGCCUCGGCCCCGUCCAUGUGGUCGCCGUCACGUCCCCGGAGAUGGCCAGGGAGGUGCUGCGAAAGAACGACGCCGUGUUCGCCGACCGACCGACGACGUUCGCCGCCGAGUCGUUCAGCGUGGGCUACCGCAGCGUCAGCAUCUCGCCGCACGGAGAGCAGUGGAGGAAGAUGCGGCGGGUGCUGACCGCCGAGAUCCUCUCCCCGGCCACCGAGCACCGCCUUCGCGGCGUGAGGGAGGAGGAGGCCGACCACCUCGUCCGGUACGUGCUUGCGCGGUGCGGCCGCGACGGCGCCGACGCCGUCGACGUGCGCCACGUCGCCAGGCACUUCUGCGGCAACGUCAUCCGCCGGCUGGCCAUAGGGCGGCGCCACUUCCGCGAGCCACCGCCGGCGGACGGCGGCCCCGGGCGCGACGAGGUGGAGCACGUGGACGCGCUCUUCGGCACGCUCAACUACCUCGACGCGUUCUGCGUCUCCGACUACUUCCCGGCGCUGGUCGGCCUCGACCUCGACGGCCACGAGAAGGUCAUCAAGAACGUGAUGAGGACGCUGAACCGGCUGCACGACCCCGUCGUCGAGGAAAGAGUGGAGGAGUGGCGGCUGCUGAGGAAAGCCGGCGAGCGGCGGGACGCCGCCGACUUCCUCGACGUGCUCGCGUCGCUCGUGGACGCGGCGGGGCGCCCGCUGCUCACCGUGGAAGAGAUCAAGGCGCAGACCAUCGAUAUAAUGAUCGCCACGGUGGACAACCCAUCGAACGCGGUGGAGUGGGCGCUGGCGGAGAUGAUGAACAAACCGGAGGUGAUGCGGAAGGCCAUGGAGGAGCUCGACGCGGUGGUGGGCCGCGACCGGUUGGUGCAGGAGCGCGACGUCCGCGACCUCAACUACCUCAAGGCGUGCAUCCGCGAGGCGUUCCGCCUGCACCCCUACCACCCCUUCAACCCGCCGCGCGUCGCCAUGGCCGACACCACCAUCGCCGGCUACUCCGUGCCCAGGGGCAGCCAGGUCAUCCUCAGCCGCGUCGGGCUUGGCCGGAACCCCAGGGUGUGGGACAACCCGCUCGAGUUCCGCCCGGAGCGGCACCUGUCGCCGCCGCCGUCGACAGAGGCCGCGGCGCUCACGGAGCCGGAGCUGCGGUUCAUCUCGUUCAGCACCGGGAGGCGGGGCUGCCCCGGGGUGUCGCUGGGCACGCUGAUCACCGUGAUGCUGUUCGCGAGGCUGCUGCAGGGGUUCGAGUGGAGCAAGCCCCGCGGCGUGGAGAGCGUCGCGCUGCGGGAGGCCGCCGCGAGCCUGGUGCUGGCCCAGCCGCUGCUCCUGCACGCGAAGCCGCGGUUGGCUGCUCGUCUCUACGGCGCCAUGGCCAUGUAGCUAGUUACCCUAGCUAUGACUGGCUAAUCCACGAGAGGUUAACGUUUUUUUUUUUUUGGUAUGGAAUAAGUCAUGUUCACAGUGUAGCAGCUGUGUCGUAUCGUGCCGUAUUUGCCUCCAGUAGACGUAUACUGAACUGCUGUAUGUUCAAGCAGCAGUAAAUAAAACUGUGUACUGUACAGUUACAGUAAUACAGAUGCUACGGUUUGUUAUCGUUACGCUGGUAUUCAAAUCAUUGCUACAAUGUUG